CAGAUAAUUUAAUGUUCCAAAACCUUUUACUUGCAUAGUUGUAUAGUCGUUUAACUGUUCGUAUUUCGUUAAUCAAGGGAAAUACGUUUUUUGAAUUUGUAUGGAUUCAAUUAUCAUAACAUUUAAGUAAUCUACUAUCUAUAAGCAUAAUUUCUCGAUUCAAUUUCUUCUUUUUUUAAUUAUAAUACCAAAAAAUGUCGGGUAAAGACAAAUUGCCAAUGUUUCCAUCCCGCGGGGCUCAAACAUUGAUGAAAGGUCGACUUAAGGGAGCCCAAAAAGGUCACAGUUUAUUGAAAAAAAAGGCUGAUGCUUUACAAAUGAGAUUUCGUUUAAUUUUGAGCAAAAUCAUUAAAACUAAGACAUUAAUGGGUGAAGUAAUGAAAGAAGCUGCAUUUUCUUUGGCCGAAGCAAAAUUCACUACUGGUGAUUUUAAUCAGGUUGUCUUACAAAAUGUCACUAAGGCUCAAAUUAAAAUUCGCACAAAGAAGGACAAUGUUGCUGGUGUAACUUUACCGGUGUUUGAAAGUUAUCAAGAUGGCACUGACACAUAUGAAUUGGCUGGUUUGGCCCGUGGAGGGCAGCAGUUGGCUAAACUUAAGAAAAAUUAUCAAACUGCGAUUAAACUGCUAGUUGAAUUGGCUUCUUUGCAAACAUCUUUUGUAACACUUGAUGAUGUUAUUAAAAUAACUAAUAGAAGAGUCAAUGCAAUUGAACAUGUUAUCAUCCCAAGAAUUGAAAAAACACUUGCUUAUAUAAUUUCCGAACUUGACGAAUUAGAACGAGAAGAAUUUUACAGAUUAAAGAAAAUUCAAGACAAGAAAAAAAUUGCUAAUAAAAAGAAGGAACUCCGAAAGCAAGAAUUAAAAGAAGCAGAAAAUGUUCAAAACAUGUUAGAUGAAGGUGAUGAAGAUUUAUUGUUUUAAAAAGUUAUAUCUCGUGUGUUAUUAUUCCAAAUAAAUUAAUGAACUAGAUGUUGUAUUAAGAUGUAAAACUUUUUUUUCUGUGUAUACAAAAGAAAAUUUGUGGUUUUAACACGAUUUUUAAUAAGAUAAUUUAAAAAAAAAUCAAAUUUAGAUUUGUAUUGUACACCUAAUUAAAACCAUUUUUUCAGUUACCAUAUGUUAUUAUCAUUAUUAUGACAGAAUUUUAUUAAGCAUUUUAUAAUUGUACUAUUUCUAAGUUAAAUAUUUUAAUUUUCAAAUGAAUCUAAUAAAAACGAUCUUUGGAUUAGUUAUCAUACAAAAAAAUAGUGUUGUAUAAGGCAACAAAUAAAUAAAAUAGGCUAAUUUGGUUUGUGUUAAAGUUUAAGUGUAUUGUUUAUGUAGAACUUUUAAGUCUCUAAUGUUUAGUAAAAGCAUUCCACCAUUAAGCAGCACUAUUUUGAAACAAAAUUAUUUGAAUAAAAAGUUCCAUAAGAAUAUUCAAUAAAUUUAUUUAUAUUACUUAUUUUAUUAUAAUUAUUUUAUUGAAUAAAACCAGUUUCUUCAUUU